AGGAUGGGUGGGGGGAGCCGCAAGCGCGGGACGUCGGCUCAGCGUGUCCCAUCACGGCCUGGCAGCCAGCUCUUGCUCUUUGCAACAGGCAACCAAGCAGUCCGAUGUAAACGCCGCCGCCGACCCAUCACCACUCUGCCGCGCACGGCGGCGGCAACCCAUCACCGCUUGAUGUCUAUCUACACUUCGUAAACAAGCACCAUGCACGCAUCCACCAUCACCAUCACACUGCUGGCCGCGGUGCUCCUGGUUGUCCUACCGGACAUCCAAGCAGCUCCGGCUGGCAUACAGAUCGGUCGCCGACCUUCGUACCCUCGGGGUAACCGGCCGAAUACCACGCACACAUCACAAAAGCAGCCGCCGCCGCUCACCUUCGGUGCCAUCUUUCCUGAGACGGCUCUGACCAGUACGCAGAGACGGUACCACCUCAAGCUUCAAGACGGUCUGAACGCCCUGACGAAAGGUCGUGCAGCCAGCAACAUGCAGUUUCCCCACAAGUUCUCCAUCCAGACGAUGGCUGUUCGGAUGGCUCUGCACCCGACACCCAGGGAGAUCCUGAACCGGAUCUGCGACGAUCUACUCAAGGCUGACGUGUCGGCAGUGCUCUACCUCACCAACGCGGUCGACUUCGGGUCAAACGCAGCUUCCGUGCAGUAUCUUCUGCAGUUGCUAGGAUAUUUAGGGUUGCCGGUCAUCGCGUGGAAUGCUGACAACAUCGGUUUGGAUCAGCGCGUAUCAUCUCAAGCAAGCGUCCUCCAGCUGGCUCCGUCCCUGGAACACCAAGUGUCCGCCGCCUUCGCGGUCCUCCUGCGUUACGGCUGGUUCCAGUUCGGCAUCGUCACCACCCAGCUGGGCGGACACGAGGACUUUGUUAGGGCCGUCCGCAACAAGCAACACGACGUAAGACCUCGGAGUCGAUUCGUCAUCCUGACCGUGAAGACCCUGAGGGGUCGGACUCGGGACGAGCUACGCGCCGAGCUCGAACCCCUGGCGACGGGCGAGGCCCGGGUCCUGCUCUUGUUCGCCGGCAAGGAUGAAGCCCGCGACGUGUUUGCCGCGGCGCACGACGUCCACAUCACCGGGCGCAACUUCAUCUGGAUUGUGACGCAGAGUGUGAUCGGUGCCGUGCCUUCCUUAGCUCCGCCGGAGUUUCCCGCUGGUCUCAUAGGAAUUCACUACAACACGACGUUGAACAAGCUGUUUGAUGAGAUCGAGCGUGCGGUGCUCGUCUUUGGUCACGGGCUAGAGCUUCAUGUGAAUGACCCAGCUAACGCCAACAUCAGCCUGGACCCUGGCUUACGCUGCAACGACACCAGACGCGCUCACUGGCAACACGGGGAGCGCUUCUACAAGUACCUGAGGAACGUAUCCAUAGAAACCAAAGGAGGACCUAACAUAGAAUUCCUUCCCGACGGAACCCUGAAGUACGUCGAGUUGGACGUACUCAAUUUAGGCAAAGAUGGAUUCUGGGAACGGAUUGGCGGCUGGACAGAAAGCGGCCUGGAGAUCAAGGACAUCGUCUGGCCCGGAGGAGCUCUCGUCCCUCCUAAAGGAGUGCCCGAAAAAUUCAACCUCAAGGUGACGUUCCUGGACGAACGUCCCUUUGUGAGCAUCGGCCAACCUGACAACGAAACCGGAGAAUGCGAAAGCAGCCGAGCCGUCAAAUGCAGGGUUGCUCCUGAGUCCGCCAUGGCCGGGAUGAACGAGAGCAUGGCGAAGAAGAACACGACCAUCUACAAAUGCUGCAUGGGCUUCUGCAUCGACCUUCUCCAUAAGUUCGCUCAGGACCUUGGAUUCACCUACGACAUCUACAGGGUAGAAGACGGUCAUUGGGGCGUCAUGAAUAACGGCACCUGGAACGGGUUGAUUGCGGAACUGCUGGAGCACCACGCUGACAUCGUGGUAACAUCCAUCAAAAUCAAUAGGGAGAGGCAGACUGCAGCCGAUUUCACGGUUCCUUUUCUUGAGACUGGCAUCGCUAUAGUGGUCGCCAAACGAACCGGCAUCAUCUCACCAAAGGCUUUCUUGGAGCCUUUUGACACCGUGUCGUGGCUACUGAUCCUUCUUGUAAGCAUCCAAGUGGCCGCCUUCUCAAUCUUUGUCUUCGAGUGGCUCAGUCCCUCCGGAUAUGACAUGCAUAUCACACCUCCCAGAGAGCACCGUUUCUCGCUGUUCCGCACUUACUGGCUGGUCUGGGCGAUCUUGUUUGGCGCUGCCGUGGACGUGGACUGUCCCCGAGGCUAUACGUCGCGAUUUAUGUCCAACGUGUGGGCUAUGUUCGCUGUCGUCUUCCUGGCCAUCUACACAGCCAACCUGGCUGCCUUCAUGAUUACCCGAGAAGAGUAUUACAACUUGAUUGGCAUCGAAGACUUCAGGCUUCAAAAUCCAACCCGAAUAGAGCCUCCUUUCCGGUUCGGAACGAUUCCUCAUGGGAACACGGAGGCGGUGCUCAAGAUCAACAAGCCCCGGCUUUAUAACUACAUGAGAAAAUUCAACCGUUCUACUGUCAUAGAAGGUAUCCGGGCUGUUAAAACUGGGGAAUUGGACGCCUUCGUAUACGAUGCCACCGUGCUCGACUACUUGGUUGGGCAGGACGACGAGUGCCGACUGCUCACUGUGGGUUCCUGGUAUGCGAUGACGGGUUACGGUUUCGCCCUGCCCAAAGGUUCAAAGUACCUGAAGAUGUUCAAUAAGCAGAUGAUCGAGUACCGCGAGAAAGGGGACCUGGAGCGUCUGCAACGAUUCUGGCUCCAAGGGGCUUGUAAGCCGGACAAGCCCAAAAGGAACGCGAGCAAUCCCCUUGAUGCCGACCAGUUCAUGAGCGCUUUCUUGCUCCUGGGCUGCGGUGUCCUGCUCACGCUCGCCUUGCUCGUCAUGGAGCACAUUUACUUCAGAUAUAUACGGAAACAGAUCACUGGCAACGCACGGUGUCUAGCCCUCGUCUCUUUGAGCAUGGGCAAGUCCUUGAGCUUCCGGGAUGCUGUGAACGAGGCGCGGGACAUGCUGAAGCAGCAUCACCGCUGUCGAGAUCCCGUCUGCGAUGCUCAGCUGUGGAGGAUGAAGCACGAGCUGGAACUGGCCAGACACAGAGUGCGACAUCUUGAAGGCCAGCUUCGCGUCAGGGUAGGGCCUGAAGAGCUUCUACGGCCCAGAGACCUGACACGUAACCAAGUCACAUCCAACGAACUGACGCGAGCACCGUCGCCCCGUCGCCCAGCACCGGCGCCGUUCCAGCGGGAGAUCACAGAGAAGGAGACCGUCUUAUGAUGGUCCACCUACCAUACAAGGCAUCGCCUCAUCUAUCCAUGCCCACAUCUAUAUCGUAGUAUACAUAGAGGAUUAGGA